AUGCAGGAUCCGACGAUUGGCGGGUGGCAGGCCAUGAAACGGAUCGGUCGGUACCUCGUAGGUACCCCGAGGCUGGUGGUCGAGUAUCCACGGCAGGCAGAUCGGCGAGUUGCUCAAGUCUAUACGGACAGUGACUUCGCAGGCUGCCUGAGAACACGUAAGUCUACUUCAUCGUGGACGGUGAUGAUUGGGAAGCAUUGGAUUAGAAGCAGCUCGACAACCCAAGGGUUCAAUGCUCUAUCUACUGGAGAAGCGGAGUUCCACGCGCUGGUGAAGGGCGGCAGUAUCGGGCUCGGCCUCAAGACUCUCGCAAAGGACAUGGGUGUAGACCUCGAGAUCGUGCUGAAGCGCGACGCGACGGCGGGCAGGGGCAUCGCAGAACGUCGUGGAGUCGGACGAGCUCGACACCUAUAUACACCUCUGCCGUGGCCGCAGAGGGCUGUGCAGCAGAAGAAGCUGCGCGUCAACAAGAUCGCAGGUCUCGAGAACAUCAGUGACAUCGGUACGAAGCACCUGGACGGGCCCCUGAUUAAGAAGUUCCUGGCGGCGAUGGGGUUCGCGGCGAGAGCAGGUCGGAGCCGACUGGCCCUGCGGGCAGCGCUGGAUGGAUGA